GGCUGCGGCAGAGGGUGCUCGUGUGUGCCGGGAGCCUGCGAGCUCAGACCCAGCCUACCCCGGGGUGAAGCCACCACCUCCGAGGCCAGGAAGCUGUGGUGUGUGUGCUCUGUGUCUGCCCGCAGCCGGCUGCUCCUCAGGGAGCAGGAGAGCUCAGAUCGGGAUGUUGGGAAUGUGCUGGAGGCCCUGACUGGGACUUGCUGUGGGAUAAAAACAUUAAAUUCUCCAGGCUGGCCGGCAAGGAAGAGAGCAUGAUUGGAUCCCUGUGCUCCACACUCGGCGGAUUUUGAGUUCCUGCAAGUAAGUGGUGGCGGCUUUCCUGCCUGGGAAAUGGGGAAUCUGCAGCUAAACUGAGGGGGAAAUACUUUAAACCCCCCCCAAAGAAUAUAGAAGUCUCAGCACUGUCAGAGAUGCUCUUGGGGCUGGAUGGACUGGACAGGCAGGAUUCCUGCUCUGCUCUGGGAAGCCUCAGCUGGGUUCAGCUUUGUGAGUUGGACUCCGAGCUGUGUUAUUCUAUGAUUUGUGCUCUGCAGCUGGGCUUGAAUGGGAAGAAAAGGUGGUGGAGCUUGGCAGUGCUGCUGGGAUCCCAUGGCUGGACUCUGGGGGCUGAGUGGGAGCCAGUCGCUUUCGGGGUGGAUGAAUUCAGUUCAGAGACGUGUGGCAUUGUGGAAAUUUCGAGUUGUGUUGUGUGGAGUGGGACAGGAGUAUUGCCUGUCUGUGCAGUGCUGACCUCCUGUCUCUGGGUGAGGAGGCUUGAGAAUGUGGUCACUGAAAUGCUGUCUUCUGAAAACCUAAGAUGAUGUAAAAGUAGUGCAUUUGUGGCAAGGAAAACCACUGUGGCAGGUGGCUCUUGAGAAGACACAUCUCCUCAAUACAGCCAUCCUGAAGUUUGGAAUCUGGCUUCCAUAACAGCAGCUCCGAGCUCUCUGCUGGUCUCCUGCUGUGGCUCAGCUCUGCAGAAAAGCCUCUCGAGCUGGUUCUUGCCUUAGAAGAGCAUUUUUCUGCCCAAGUGAGUGUUCAGCAACCAGGGAAGGGCGGGAAGAAAGAAAAGUGCUGAAAUGGUGUCAGCCUCGAGCAGAGCAGUGAUGUGGGCUGACAGUUACUCACCCGAAGGUUUUAAAGUUGUAUUUUCUCAAAAGCCCCUCCAGCAUGUGAGCAGUGAUCAGAACUGCAGCUAGAAGUCUGUAUCCAAGUUUUCAGACAUUUGGGUUUAGAAGUAUGGUUGUCACUUGCUAAAUGAAAAGCCCCCAGAGGUGUUUGACCAUGAAAUCUCAUUACAGAGGUGAGCAAAGUAGGUGAGAUCUCAUGCCUGCUUUUUUUAAAUAGUCUUAAAAUUCACUAAUUGCACCCCAUGGUCCAGGGCAGAUUCAGUGUUGUGACUGGCUGUAAAUGGAGCUUUCACUUUUUGUAACUGAAAAGAAAAAAUCCAUCUACUUCUGCUUCUUGGGCCUUUUUUGAAGCACAACUCCCUGGGGUACCUGAGCAGAGUUUGCUGCAGCUGUGUGCACAGUUGCUGAUGGAAAUCAGCUCAAAAUGUUCCUCUUGGUUUUGUGCAAAUAGGCUUUGAGUAGCUUCGAAGACUUUUUUUUCUUGCCACCCUGCACUGAACCCUGUGUGGUUUUAUCUGGGGAGAUGAAUCAGAGGCCAGGCAGAAUCAUCACCAGCAGCACUUUGUUUUGCAGUGAAUUUAGUCUUGCUUUCAAGAAGCCCAGAUGAGGAACUUGCACCCUUUUUAGGACUCACAAAUAACUCCCAUGUCCUGGAGUAGCAACCCUUCUGCCUUUAGGGUGCCUGUGCUCAGGUGUCACACAAGGAGGGGAGGUCCCUGCUCAGAGGGUGUGGGUGUUGUCACAGGUACUCAAUGGUGGUGACCGCCCUCGUCUUCAAAGCCACCUGGGCUGGCAGAGCCAGUGCUUUCCCAAACGCUGCCAGCUGAGUCUCCUGCCCUGGGGAGCAGCCCCAGGACUGGAGAUCGAUAACUUUAUUGGCAGGAAAUUCAGGUCUAGGUUUCAGAAGGUCUGGCUGAGACUUUGCCUUGCAAACCUGCUCAGUCCUACCUGAGCAUCUUCAGUCAGGCACCGAGUUCUGCUCGCAAAUCUGUGAUUUUGGGAGACCCAAGGUGUUGUCCCAAGAGGUGCCUUCUCCCAGAGACUGCUGAGUCUGAGCACUGAGGAGCAUGCCCUGCACAGUUCCACUGGUCAGAAAACCUGGAGCAGCUCUACAGAAAGUGGGCCAGGAGAAUUUCUCUGCAUUCAUUUCUACUCAAGGAAGUCUCUCCUUUCAACCUUCAAAAUUCAGGGAUGGAAAAUCCCCCUGCUGUGGGAUAAGCUGCCCCUUGUGUGCCUGCCUCAGCAUGCUGAAAGCUCCCACCUCGAUUCCAACGCCACACCAGCUCCCGGCUGUCAAACCUCGUUAGAACUUUGUCUGCUCCACUCCAGAGCCUGCUCAGCUCUGCCCUGGCCCUGCAGCCCGUGAUUCCAUCACUCUAAUGAGCUGAGGAGCUCCAGGCUCUGUCUAAAGCACCGGCCCUGUUGCAGGUAAUCCGAAUAAUUAAAGUAUGCUCAGACAGAAAAGCUGUGUUGUCUAAUUAAAAUGUCGUUGGAAAGGGAACAGCCUCCCCUUCCCAGCUCUGAUCUAAGCCAGUCUGUCCAGCCCGGUUAGUCCUUAAAACCUCUCUGUCUCACUUUCUACCUUGAAAUAAUUGCUCUCCAGGGUUCAUGCUUCAGUCAGGGCAGUUUCCAAAGGCAUGGGAAGUUCUUAGAUAAAAGGAUGCUCUCAGAUAAAAGGGUGCUGCAAAUGGACAGAGACCUUCUGGUUAUUGGGGUUAAAAUGUGCCAGAGUGGCUGCUGUGUGACCCAGGGUGCAGGGGAGAGGGGAGCUCCUGUGGGUCUGCAGUAGCUUCUGAGAUUUACACAAGGCAGGGUGGUUUCUCACCGGAGCUCAUCUGGGCUUUGUCAUCCGGAUGAAGACAUGCAAGAGGGUGAGAAAGAGGUGCUCGGCAUGUCCCGACAGAUCACUGGCUUCCCAUCUGUGCUGGUGGAAGCUGAUCCUGCCCAGCUCUGCCCAGGGACCCUACUGCUGGCCCCAUCUGGAUCACCUACUGUGGCUUCUUGAAGCUGUGUUUUAAUCUAGGAACUGCCUCCAUCCCUUUUCAGAUCAGGCAUUUCCUGGGUGCUUUUUUUGUAGAGCAGGUUGCACAGAGCUGAGCUGUGCAGAGCUGGGAGCCGCAGCCGCCAUCCACGCCGGAGCAGAGCUCAGCCCCGCAGUGGUGCUGGCAGCGGCUCCCCCAUGGCUGCAGCCAGCGGUGAGGGGACAGCAGGGACCUGGCUCCUGCCAGCUGGCACUGCCCUGGCCCUGCUCGGUGGCCUGGUCUACCUGGGCACCCUGUGUGCUGCCUGUAAACGGAAGGGCAGGAAGAAGGUUGCUCCAGAUGGGGUGAAGCUCGUGGAUGAGGCCCUGCUCUGCCGGACACAGCUGCGGUCACUCAGCAAGUCCGACACGAAGCUGCACGAGCUGUACCGGGUGAAGGUCAGAGACGAUGUCCAGCGUCCGGCCAGCCUGGAUCUCCCCUGUCCCACAGCCCCUGGAGGAGAAUCCCUGCACAGCUCUGGCCUCCUGCACCGUGAGCUGCCCCAGAUCCCCAUCCCUGACCCCCCGGCUGCCCCCCCAGCCCCUGACCAGACCUACUCCAACCUGCUCUUCACCCCGCUGCGGAAACCAGUGCCAGACUCUGUCUAUGAGUGCCUGGCAGUGGGGGGAGAGGAUGCCCCGGUGCCCCCCACUCCAGCUGGCACCCAGGUGUCCCCUCCACGGGCUGUGCGUGGGGCAGCCGAUUAUGCCUGUGUCCAUAAAGUGAAGAAGGUGGUGUCAGUGGAGGUGCAGCCUGGGGCUGUGGCAGGACCCCCUGGAGUACAGCACUGCUGGGAUGGUGCAGACAAUGCCCCUCAGGCCAAGCUGGAGGAGAUGUACUCGACGGUGUGCAAAGCCACAAAGAAGAAAUCCCAGGUCCCUGCACCAACCCCGAGGGCUGUGAAGGAGGUGGGUUCUGGGUGGCCAGGCCCCCACCAGCAGGAGGGGGCCCCAGCAGCCCCAGGCCCCCCUGACCCCUGUUACGAGUCCAUCAAUGACAGAGCAUGGACUGCUCAGGGCCGUGGCCCCGACCCCGACUAUGAGGCUGUGGACAUUAACUGGAAGAAAGCAGCAAAACGGGACAAGCCAGGGAAGCCCUGUGUCCCUGAGAACCUGUACGAGAGCGUGGUGGACAUUUGGGCAGGGGAGCCCCGGAAAGCCUCGGCCCGGACGGCGACCAAUGGGCUGGAGGUUUACAUCACCAACCUAUAGCCCCCAGAGCAGGGCCCAGCAGGCUGGACACCAUCAGGUGCCAAAGGGACAGUGCCAGCAGCCCUGUGCCCCCCAGAGCAGCUGUGUCCCUGCACUCUCUCUCUGUAUAGAUUUUCUGCUACUUUUCUCUGAGUGUCCUUGUCCCAUCCCAGCCCAGCUGGUGCCAGCAGGUUGAUGGUGGGGUGUCCCAGGAUGGGCAGUUUGGGGGUGCUGGGUGCUGUGUGGCACCCCAGUGAGACAGGGCUGGCACUGGCACCAAGAUGGGAACAGGGUGAGGACCAGUCAUGUUUUGGGGCAGGGGGUGAUGGGGCUGAAGCCAGCCCCAUGCCUUGGGCUGCAUGACCAGACCCUCAUCAGGAGGUUUCUGCCAUGACUGAGAGGGUCUCUGUCCUCCUCAUACUGCCUGGGGGAGACCAGGGCCCCCUCCAGCCCCCAGGAAGCCCUGAGAAGCUUUGCUCCCAACACAGAACAUCCCUUGUUAUGUGGAGAUGGGGUCAGCCAUGUGCCUUCAUGGAAUAAUAGAAUAUCCUGAGUUGGAAAGGACCCACAAGGCUUCAAGGGAUCAU